UUACCAUACAAUUCCGGGCCUGGGCCUCAGAGUUGAAUAUGUAGGUUGGAGUGAGAUGAAGAGACGGUUAAGUGAGCGGAAGAGAGAACAGAGAAGUGAGAAAUUGAGGGCAAUCAUCAGCCCCCCAAGAGGUGUGCAAGAUGGUAUCAAUGACGUCUUACGAAGGAGAGCCGAGGCUUGAUACCCAUUAUCUCGGAAAUGAAACGGAGUUUGGUUGGCGAGAGUCAUGUCUUUACAGAUCCAAGAAUAUGGAUGGAUCCAUGGCUGUAUUAUCAUCAAGGAGAGCUCCUCGGAUGCAGCCGCACUUGUUUGCUUGCUUGCCCCGGUUGUUUUGCUUUCCACCUGUACUUUCGAACAUUUGGCAUGGCCCUCUCGAGCGGCGGAUUGGACCUCUGCUCGGGGCUUUUACGAAGGUAAUGACGCUGAUGACAUGAAGAUACGACGACAUGAAGGGAAUAAGGGAAUCCAUCCUUGCUCGGGUUUCCAGGCAAGGGUUUGUGUUAAAAGGAAUGAAUGCAUUAUGAUAGGUUAUUAGAAGGCAAUUGCAAUGAAUUAAUUUGGGAUGGCUCU